ACAUUUGAAAACAUCGUGAAAUUAAAGCCACAACUUGUCUAAGCAAGAUCAUUUGCAAAGAAUCAUCAGAUAAAUAAAGGUAAAUGAAGAAUUUCAAGUAUGGAAAACAAAGAAGAUAAAAUAAUACCAAGAGCUUACCAAGUUCAACUUGAAGAGAUAGCUUACUCCAAAAACACUCUGAUACACCUGCCUACUGGUUCUGGAAAAACAUUAAUUGCUACACAACUAAUCAAAAGAUUUAAGGAGCCAAAUCCAAAACCGUGGGGCCAAGGGGGAAAACGCUGCUUCUUCCUUGUUAACACGGUGCCCCUUGUUCGACAACAGAAAAAAGUGAUAGAAUUACGAUGUCCUGUAAAUGGCGUUGGCUGCUACAGCGGCGAAGAUGGCGUUGAUUUUUGGGACAAAAGGAAAUGGGACUCCGAAUUGUCUAAGCAUGAGGUAAUAGUAAUGACAACUCAGAUACUGAGUGACAUGCUCACACACAACUACAUCAAAAUUGAGAACAUAAACUUGAUAAUAUUCGACGAAUGCCAUCAUGCGGUGGAGGACCAUCCAAUGAGAGCUGUGAUGAAACACUUCGAGCAUUGCCCUCCGGACAAGCAUCCGAGAGUACUUGGUUUGACAGCAACGCUUUUGAAUGCGAACAUCAAGUACAGCAAAGUAGAGGAUACACUUAAAACAUUGGAGAAGACAUUCCAAGCGACGAUUGCGACCGUCAAUGAAAUGGGGGAGGUGUUAACCUACUCUACUAAUCCAAAGGAGUACAUACAGUACUACCUUCCGCCUGCGUUGAGUAACGACGCUCACUCCGCAAUAGGCUUGCUGACAGAGCUACAAAAGCUCAUAAUGUCCGUACAACUGCCUCCUACACUCAAGAUCAUGGAUAUAAAACUGAAGCCGGGACAGAAAGACAUAAGCAGGGAUUCCAUGAAGACGGUGAAAUCAGUGAAAAAUUUGAUGGCGUCUGCCAUAACUGCUAUACAAACUAUGGGAGCGUAUGGCGGGAAUCUCAGUAUCCUAGCCUACAUGAUAUUACUGGAACGUCUCAAGAGAAAAGCUCAAACUAAGGAGGAGGAGUUACUGUAUUCUUUCACGUUAACUCGAUGUAUUGAGGCGCGUACAGUGUUAGUAAAAAGCAUGAAAAAAUAUGAAGGCUACGAAAGGAUUGUGAAAUUUUCAUCAGAGAAAGUUUUGAAAUUGUUGAACAUACUGAGAGAGUAUAAUCCUGAAGUGUACAACAAGAGAGGAGUGCCCUUGGUCGUCAACCAAUCGAGGAAGCCCCUAUGCGGUAUAAUAUUCACACAAGAGAGGUUUACGAGUAAAAUAUUAUACAAUCUCUUGAAAAGCGUUAAAGAGGCUAAUCCAGCCGAGUUUGGGUUCUUAAAACACGAUUUCAUCGUCGGCUUUAAUACUAACCCGUUCAACAAUACCAGAGAGAGUCACUAUGCGAAGAAAUUAAGCUGCCAAGCCCUUUUGAAAUUUAAAAACGGGGACUUGAACUGCCUUAUAUCGACUAGCGUCAUUGAAGAAGGCAUAGACGUGCCGCAGUGUCUGUUAGUUCUGAGAUACGAUGAGCCCAAAGAAUACAGAUCGUACAUACAGAGCAAAGGUCGAGCUAGGAGUUCAGAAUCUAGCUUCGUUAUGUUGGUCGAUGCGGGCGAUCGCGGAAAAUUCUCAGCCAGAUACUCAGAGUUCCAACAAAUAGAACGUUAUAUUAGCAAGAUUUUGGUAGGAAAUACAUUGGAGCGUGACGCUCCUACCGAGGAGGACAUUCAAAAGGACUUGUACGAGGAAGAAAUUCCACCGUACGUCACUAAAUAUGGAGUUCGUCUAUCAGCCGGCUCUGCCAUAUCUCUGCUGAACCGCUACUGCAGCGUUCUGCCGCACGACCUGUUCACCGCGAUUACGCCCAUGUGGAUACAGGAGCGGCCGCAGAACAGCGAACUGCGCCGCACGAUCAUCAUACUGCCGCUAGCGUGCCCCGUCAAGGAGGAUAUAGUGGGUGAUUACUUCGAGGUACUGAAAAAUGCGAAACGGUCAGCGGCUCUCAAAGCGUGCAUGAAGCUACAUGAAGUUGGGGAGUUGGAUGAAGUGACACUGCUGCCGCGGAAAUAUGGAAAAGUCGACUUUGAUCAAGUGGACGUAAAAGCGUGUUUCCCGAACUGGCCUUGGGAUCAGGAAAAUGACGAAACAGACGACAACCUUCCCAAGACUGGCACAAAACACAGGAUAAGAAAAUAUAAUAGACACUAUCCCGUUGUACUCAACGGCCCGUCAAUCUAUGACGAAUUUGACAGCAAGCCUCUUUAUCUCCACGUGAUAGAGUUGAAAGUCGCUUACGACGAACCCAAGGAUUCGAGGGAGAAUGUCAUAUAUAAUUUGCUGAGGAACGACCAGACAUACGGCCUUUUGACGUUCAACCCGCUACCGAAACUAUGCGACUUCCCCAUGUUUAUAUCAGCGGGGGAAAUAACGACUUCCAUCAAAGUCAAUUUCGCUGUACUACCUUUGGACGACGAAGCGUUUGAGGUUAUUAAAAGGUUUCACUAUUACGUGUUCGACGAAGUGUUGGACAUAGCUAAGAAGUUUCUCAUCUACCACGGCAACGUCAACUGUCUAUACGUGGUUCCGGUGCGCCGUAUAGACGACGACUACGACGUGGACUGGGAAUUGCUGCAGACGUACAAACCGAUACCACCAGUUGUUAUACCCACUGACGCGGAAAGGCAAGCGCUGCGAGUGACUGUGGAGGAAUAUAAGUAUGCGGUGGUCACUCCAUAUUACAGGCCCAACGUUCGUCCAGAUAGAUACAUUGUGACGAAUGUUCUCGAGUACACGACGCCGAUGUCGUGGUUCGAGUCGGCCGACAUACCGACUUACGCCGACUACUACCGCACCAAGUACAACCUUGAGAUACUCGGCAGUAAAGAUCAACCAAUGCUUGAGGUCAGAAACAUAACGACUCGAGCGAACUGCCUGCUACCGCGCGCGGCGACUAUUCGGUCGUUCACUGACAAGCAAAGAAAACUGAUCGCAGAGGCGCAAGGCGAUAAAAAGUUUAGCGGUUUCCCGGAAAUGUUCGUUCCGGAGUUCUGUAUCAAGUUCGACUACCCGGGCGCCAUGUGGCUAAAAGCGACGUUGCUACCGAGCAUCGUGCACAGGGUGACCAUGCUUCUGACAGCGGAUGAGCUACGCGCGCAGAUACAGAUGGAAAUUGGAAGAGGCCAUGUUACCUUACCACCCUCUGAGAAAUGGGAACCAAUAUUGGUGGACAUUGGAGUGGCAACCAGAUCCUUGUUGGCAGACAUCGAACCGCCUUCCACUGUCAUGAGUGUUGAUAGGAUAAACAAUCCAAUAGACGAAUUCGCCCCGAGAAAACUCAACAUAAUUACGAUGAGGGAAAGCGUUUAUCAGCUGCAGAAAAAGAAAAUUAGCAAAGAGUACCCCUGGCCGGAGGAGAACGAGCCCGUGGACAUCGAGCGCAACCUGUCCACUGUGACGGUUAUGGACGUCGAGGUGUACGAGUCGUUUGUGGGCGCGCCGCUAAUAAGCGUCGCGAGCGGCGCCGACUCCGCCCCUCUGCGCCCGCGCGUCCCUCCUCCUGCCGCCAUACUGCCGCCGCCUACACCAAAAUACCACACUCCGGCAAUUGAGCUGCUCCUGAAGAAACCAUCGCCACGGGGGCCGGAGCUACGUGAUAUACUCACUUCGCUGACGACCAUCAACUCGCACGACAACUUCAACUUGGAGCGUACGGAGACGUUGGGAGAUUCCUUCCUGAAGUUCGCAGCCAGUCUGUAUCUAUACCACCGGUUCCCGGCAAUGGAUGAGGGGCAGCUGACCAAUAUCAAAGGCCGACUCAUCGGUAAUAGAAACCUUUACUACGCUGGCGACAAGAUAAACCUGGGUGGUCGCAUGAAGGUGGAACAGUUCACGCCGACCAACGACUUCGUGAUACCUGGGUUCUUCGCACCGGAAUUCCUCAUAGAGCUCAUACACAGGGAACAGCUCCGACCGACCCUGCUCAUCAGCUUGAACUUCUCUCGUGAGGAGGUGUUAUCUGGUGCCAUCGCACCGGCCACCUCCAGCGAGCUGCUCGACCGCAUCUUGGGAAGCGACUGUCCCAACGACAAGGAGAGGGUCGCGUGCGUGCAGAACGCCAUGCAGUGCUACGUGAAGGCGCAGGCUGUGUCGGAUAAGUCAAUAGCGGAUUGCGUGGAGUCGCUGGUUGGUACCUACCUGGUGAGCGGCGGAAUCGAGUCUGCCGUGGCUGUGCUGGAGUGGCUGAACGUUCUGCCCAAAGAGCACAACUUUAUGCAGUACCUACACAAGAAAGUUCCCACUCUGACGUCACUUGGCCAAGUAUCCGUGGAAGAUGUCGAGAGAAUACUCAACCACGGACGAGGGGAUGUCGAGAAGAUACUGGGGUACAAAUUCAACGACCCCCUGUAUCUAUUGGAGGCCCUAUCCCACGCGUCGUACAUAAGGAACCGCUACACGCGGUCGUACGAGCGUCUCGAGUUCCUCGGCGACGCGAUUCUCGACUUCCUCAUAACGUCGCAUAUAUAUGAAAUAUCCCGCGACCUCAACCCCGGCGAGCUGACUGACCUCAGGUCGGCGCUCGUCAACAACGUAACCUUCGCCUCGUACGUCGUCAAACUGGGCCUGCACAAAUAUCUAUGCAGCCAACUCAACCCGGCCCUGGAGAACUCCAUCAUGAAUUUCGUGGAGCAUCAAGAGCAGAGGAACCACGAGAUCAUAGAGGACGUACUGUACUUGAUCGCCGAGGCGGAUUGCAACAUCGCCGAGUACGUUGAAGUGCCUAAGGUGCUAAGCGACAUAUUCGAGUCGCUAGUCGGCGCGAUAUACCUCGACAGCGGCGGCGACCUGCUCGCGGUGUGGGGCGUCAUACACCGCGUCAUGCACCGCGAGAUCGACGCCUUCAAGCGGUGCAUACCCAAACAGCCGGUCAGGGUGCUGCACGAGAAUAUGCACGCGUGCGCCAAGUUCGGUGACCCGAAAGUCAGCAGCUCUGAGAUACCAAAGGUGAUGGUGCCUGUGACAUUCAGCAAAGAUGGCCGCCAACACACCGUGUACGGCGUCGGCAACAACAAGCAGCAGGCCAAACGGGCGGCCGCCAAGUUGGCCCUCAAGCUGCUAUCCUAACGUGGCGUGUAAGUCGCCGCCAAGUUGGCACUCAAUUUGCUGUCCUAAUGUGGCGUAUUUAUUGUUGUACUGACCCGGCAAACGUUGUUUACCUCACACGUAGAUUCGGGUUUAAAAAAAUAUCGAUGCUGCCACAUUCGCGGAUAAUCGUGGAGACAGACAGACACACUUUCGCAUUUAUACUAAUACUCCUUGCGCGAAAUUCCUCACAAUUCUUCCCACAACAUUCCUUUCAUAAUAUUUCGAUUUCGCGCGCGGAAUAUACUUUUAUAAGCUAGG